GGUGUGCUUUGAAAAAGUCUUUACUUUUGCAUUUUCUUAUAAUUUUAUGCUAAUACAGGAAAAAGUCUUUACUUUUACACACUAACCUUCCUUUUAUAUUACCUCAUUUCCUUAAAUUUGUUCAUACAUCUUCAUCCAACACCUAAAUCAUACCGCCUUUUUAUUUCUUAGCAUCCAACUUUAAACCAACUCUUGUUUUUAUUUCUUCAACUAAACCCACUUUUUAUUUUUGUUUUCUUCUCCUUUAAAACCCACUCAAAAAUUUAAAUUAAAUCACCAAAAACAAAGAUCCAAACAAAAUCAAAGUUUAACAAAUUCAAUAAUGAAGAGCAAAACUCCUCAAAAUAAGUUCAUGAAAAUUAUAACAAUCCCUAUUAGAGCUCUAGCAAAAGCUAGAGACUUUUACGUCCGAAGCAUGAACAACUACGCGGAUAGAGCAUGCUAUGGUGGAGCUUCAACAUUUGCCGAUCCAUUACCGAGAAGUUUUAGCUCGAACUCGACUCGAUCACGAGAUAACGAUGACUUCAUAGAGCUUGUACGUGCCGCAUCAACAAGUAGGCUAGGGAAUAGGAUUAAUCUAAACACUACAUCAACACGUACACUUUCGUCGUCUAAUCACGCUACAAACACGGACAAUAAUAGAUUUAAGGCUAGAGAUAAUUUCAACAAUUUGAAGGGUGUUCCAAGGAGUGCAAGCGUUGGUAUGGCGAAAAUCGAAGAAGAUAAGCCUAUUGAAUUUGAUGAUAGAUUUGAUGGUGGUAAUAAUGUUGGUGUAAAUAAAGGUGGUAAUAAGAAAAAUAACAAAUUUGGAAUUUUUCCUAGGAGUAGGAGUUACGCUGUUGGUUCUACGACGGGGUCUUCUGCUGUGUUUUGAGAAGAUUAAUGUGUAAUUUUCUUGAAGUUUUUGUUUUAUUUAGCUUUGUUUUUAAGAAUUAAUAUUUUUUCGGAUCAUGGAAAAUGUGGUCCUGUUUCUCUGUAAAUAGCUUAAUGUUAUGAUCUGAAGAGUGUUUUAUAUUUUAGGAAAUUUUGACUUUUGCUACCUGUCAAACAGGUCGAAUC